AACAACUUUUAUUCAGCAAUUUUGCUACUGCUUCAUUUUGCUAGGAAACCCCACUAUUUUGUGAUGUCAUGGCAAGACAACGUGGGUAUCAUUAUGAUGUUGUAGAACUCGCUACUGAAGUUCGCAGUAAGCUAGCAUCAUUUUAUUUUAUCUUGCUGUCUAGCAGCAGGAAGUAGUGCAAAUGGCUACAUCUGAAAAAUCUAGUCAAAGCAAGAAAAAAGAAUCUGAAAUGGAUAUCUCUUUAGCAGAAACAUCCUGUGUUUCUGUUCGGGAUAAACUAGUUGAUUCUGUAAUCUCAAUUUCUUCUGUCACUCCAGUACAUGAUAAAACAGCAGCUUGUGAUUCUGCCUUAAGAUCUGUAACAGAAGAAAAUGCGUUUCAGGCUUUGAAUGAUGGACCCUGGGCAAAAAGAGCACGUCUUAAUCUCUCUGAGGAUAGCUCCGCCAAAGCCAAUGAUUUUUCAUUCCUCACCUUUCCGAAGAAACUCUGGAAAAUUGUUGAAAGUGAUCAGUUUAAGUCAAUUUGGUGGGACGAUGAUGGGAACUAUGUAGUGAUUGAUGAAGAGCUCUUCAGAAAGGAGGUGCUAGAAAGGAGAGGACCUCUGAGAAUUUUUGAAACUGACUGCAUGAAAAGUUUCAUUCGCCAACUUAACCUUUAUGGAUUUAGCAAAAUGCGACAAGAUUUUCAAAGAUCUGCCUCGCUUGCUGAAUUUCUAGCAGAAGAAAAUGCAGCUUCUGCUUUUAGCAAGUUACAGUUCUAUUAUAACCCAAAUUUUAAGAGAGGUUAUCCCCACCUGCUAAUAAGGUGUAAGCGAAGAGUUGGCAUAAAAAGUAAACCAUCAGCUGCAUUCUCACUGAAUCAAGAUUUUAAUGAAAACCGCCUGAGAAGUGAGGGAAGAAGCCAUGAUGUUCAAUCUGCAUUAGGACCUACUUCUGCAGAGGAGAAGGAUUUGUUCACAGCAGCUCCAAAGGAGACCACACCGAUAUCUGCACCAAGGAAGUCCACAAUUACCAAGGGACUUGCUAAAGCAACUACUCGAAUCAAAAGUGGUUACAUAUCCUCCUGCACAGCCUCACUGAACCUGUCAGACCCUGCUGCAGUAGAGGACAGGGAUGAGUUAAAUCAGCUGGCCCCAUUCCAUUUAGCGCAGCAGAGCAGCCAUGCUCGAGCCGGCAUACAAGAUACUGAUGCCGCUACAUCUUCUACUUCACUAUACCAUGUUAUACCUCCUGUACCAAACAGUCCUUUUAGACCUGUUAUGGGACUUCCUGCCUUUCCAUCCAUGUAUCCAGAUUUAUCAGCUAUGCAAGCUCACUGGGCUAGUCUGCUUCCCUUUUGUAACCCAUGGUUUUCAAUGCCUAUGAUUGCAGCAGCCUCUGCUAUUUCUAUGUCAAGAUCAUCUCACCACCGAAAUCCAACAUACCAUCAUUGCCCUAAUUGCAACUGUACUUCAAAUAGUGCACCUGCAGGCAAAGGGGUUGGACCCAAAACUCCUGAAUACACAGGAUAUCAUAGAUAAAUAGCUAUUAAAAAAAAAAAGAUUGCAUAUGCCAAGGGAAUGAAUUCUAACAAAUAUGCAAUUAAA